GAGAAAAAGAAAGGGCGCCCUCGUCCUCUCCUCUUCUCCCUCACCUCCUCCUGCUUCGUCUUCGAAGGGAUUGUCGCGACUGCUUCGAACUCUCCCCCCCCCCUUCUUUUCGCGAAUUCUCACGAUGUUCCGGGUUUCCGAGGGCAGAUUCAGAUUCUGAACAAAGAUAGGAUUUUUCCAUCUCUCUCGGGGCGGUCAAAAGGGACUCGACGAAGUGUAAAUGGAGGGCGAUGCGUUCUCGGGGUUCGGCAGUGGGGCUCACCACCACCAGAUAGACACCAAGAUAUUGCAGACCUUCCAAAAGAGCUUCGUGCAGGUGCAGAACAUACUGGACCAGAACCGGCUCCUGAUCAACGAGAUAAACCAGAACCAAGAGUCCAGAGUCCCCGAUAGCCUGAGCCGGAACGUGGGGCUGAUCCGCGAGCUCAACAACAACAUCCGGACGGUGGUCAAUCUCUACGCCGAUCUGUCGAGCAACUUCACCAAGUCCAUGGAAGCUUCUUCCGAGGGCGACUCGAGCGGCGGCGCCCUGAGAUCAGACGCCAAGGCCGGGCUCAAGAGAAAUAGGCCUGCAUAGUAACGAUUCCGGGAUCAAGAAAGCAAAACAAAUUGUACCCUUUUGCUUGUUCUCUCUGUAGCUUUGAUGGGAUGAAGUGAGAUGAAGAAAGAAGAAGAAGAAAGUGGGGGUUCUUGGUGGGUGGUGGUAGAAUCUGAUUUUUAAGUGCUUCGUCCAUCAUGACUCAGGGAAGUCACUGAAGUGUGGCUCUGAACUGCGUCUCUUGUGGUUCUUUCUUCACCCCCUGGUUCAUCCGUACUUCUUCACUAGGAGGAGAAUAAUUGUUCCAAAGAGUGAAAAUUCCCCUCUCUGUGUCUGUAACUCCAUUGUAACUGUGGAUCUAAUUGGGAAUCAAUCACGCUUUGUUCGGUCUGGUGUA